AUGUUGGGUAAAACUUUUAUACUUUUUACACUUUACAUUUUUAAUGCAAUGGCUUUAACAUCAGUUAAAGUACCAAAAUAUUUAGCUAUUUAUUAUGGAUGGCCAUCGUUAGUUGAAAAUAGUCAAGGUAAUGUAACAGCAGCUAGUAAUUGGUUUGAACAAUUUGAUUUAAUCGUGUUUGGUGAUGGAAUUUGGAAGACUACACAUGGUGAUCAUGUGAAAACACAAGCUAUUAUGAGCAAUUUGAUUGCUCGUGGUAAAAAAGUGUUCGGAUAUGUUGAUUUAGGCGUUACAACACAAAAUUUAAAUAGAAAACAAAUGCGACAAGCUGUUGAUGGUUGGUCAUCUAUGGGUGCUAAUGGUAUAUUUUGGGAUGAUGCUGGCUAUGAUUAUAAUGUGACACGGCAACGUCAAUCGCGUAUGAUUCAAUAUUGUCAUUUAAAAAACAUGCAUGUUAUUAUGAAUGCAUGGAAUCCUGAUGAUGUACUUGGUGGAGUUCAUGUUAAACUUAAUUCAAAUGAUAUUUAUUUACUUGAAUCUUAUUUAGUCUCUGAUGGAAAAUAUAGUUCAUUAACAGAAUGGAAAAAAAAAGCUGAUAAAUGUGCUAACUAUCAAAAACGUUUACGUGUCAAAAUGGCCUGUUUAUCAACGCCAAAGACAAACGAUCAAUUUACACAAGCAUGGUUUGGUACAGCUAUAUAUAAUUUCGAUUAUUUUCAAGCAACAGAGAUAACAUAUAGUUCGAGUAAUAAUAAUCUUGCAUUUAAAGCUAAUCCAAGUUCGUCUUAUGGAAGAUAUUGGCGAAGUGAUACAAUAUCAUCGAAUGCAGAUAACACGUAUUUUUCACGUUCAACAGAAUCGUGGACAUUGAGCAUAGCUGGUGAUGGAGCAUCAUGGGGUUAUGGUACAUUUACUGCUAAUGGAUAA